AAAAAGGAAAUCGGCUCUCCGGCGGCUUCUGGCUAGUUUUGGCUCUGAGUAGCUGCGGCCGCUUCAUUUUUCGCUGCGGUGGCUUCUCCCCAACUCCUCGCCGGGCUGCAGGCGCGGCUGCUGUUCUCCCCGUUUGGAGCCAACGUGUCGCCUGACGGCAGCCGGCAAGCGAGGAGAACCCCCUUCUCGCCUGCCCACCACAACAAUGGCGCCACCGCCGCCCACCCACCCCGGCUGACCGAGGACGACGGCAGCCCUGGCAAAAGCCAGCGGCACCACUCCCCUCACACCUUGAUGAUGCGGGCGGCUCCCCCCAUCAUGCGCCCCAGCCUCCGCUACGUCCCCGCCCUCCUGCUGGUCAUCCUCUGCAUGGUGCCGCUUUACCUCCUGUGGCAGUUCUCACGGGUCAAGGACGAACCCCGCCCCACCGACCCGGUCAUCAUGACGCAGCUGGCCAACCUGCGGGUAAUGCUCGAGGGCACCAAGUACGCCAACAGCGGGCAGAGCCAGCGGCUGCUGCAGCUCGAGCACCUCAUGGCGCAGCUGGGCGACACCGUGAGCACCAAGGAGACUGCCGUGGCCACGAGACUGUCCCAUCUUGAGGAGCUCUACAGACUCCUGGCGGACUCGACGACCACCCCAGCAAUGCGCAGGAGGGCAGAUCGCAACCCGCAUUUGGCCGCCCAUCACACAUUCCGCGAGUCCAGGUCGCCGUCGCUGUCCCCCAGCACCCAGUGGGUGCCCGGCCUGCGGUGGGUGUUCACUGUGACGCCCACCUACCGGCGCGUGACGCAGAAGCUGGACCUGACGCGGCUGUUCAACACAUUCGCUUUAUCUGCCAAUGUGCACAUGAUUGUCGUCGAGGACAGCAUGAACAACACCGCCAAGGUUGAGAGGGUGCUGAAUGAGAGCACGCUGCUGCACUGGUCGCACCGGCACGUCAGGACCACCGCUGGCCUCAAAGUCAAGGGCAGCGAGCAGAGGAACGAGGGCAUACGCACCAUCCGCGAGAUCGUCUUCAACGAGACCGAUUCAGAACUCAGGAAGGCUUAUGAGGUGCGUGCACUCUGUGCUGGACAGACACGUGGGUGGGAUGCCUGUGUGUACCUCUCUCUGUGUGUGGAUGUGCAAUCAGGAUGCGGUGGUGUACUUCGCUGACGACGACAAUGCGUAUGACGUGCGCAUCCUGGACGAGCUGCGGAAGGUGCGCAACAUCGGCACCUGGCCCGUGGCUCUCUCUGGGCAGCGGAUUACCGAGCGGUGCGAAGUCGACCCCACCACCGGCAAAAUCAAGGGAUACAAGGCAUGGGCGGUGAGCGACCACACAAACACAGACACACGGCGACAAACAUCCAUGCUCAUCUCUCGCCGUCCGUGUGUGGGUGUGGUCGUUGUGUUGUGUGCAGUCUCAGCGGCCGUAUCCGAUUGACACGGCUGGGUUCGGUAUGCACGUGCGCUUCCUGCUGCACGAGCCGCCUGUGAUGUUCAACCCCCACAGCAAAAUGUGCCACCUCGAGACCGACUUCCUCAAACAGACCAACGUCAGCAGAUACGACGUGGAACCUCUCGCGGACAACUGCACAAAGGUACGUGUGCGUGCAGUGUGAUGGGUGGGUGGAUGGACAGGCAGCAGGGCAGCUUGUCAUUUCUCUACACAUGAAUGGAUCUUUCCCUCUGUGUGUGUGUGUGUGUGUGUGUCAGGUAUACACGUGGCACGUGUCGACGUCGAUCAAGUGGGGCGGCAAGAAGGCCCCGCCCAACUUCGAUGAGGAGUUUGACGUGUAGCCCCGCCCACCCGUGCCCACACUAUCGCACUCAUUCACGCCUCCGUGUGUGUACGGGCGCCGCUUUGUUUUUGUGCGCCUGGCUGUGCAUUGGCUGUGCACUUGUUUCGAAAAGGGAUGGGGGCAGGUAGAGGAGGGCAGGGCUGGCAGCUGCGUUGCGCGUGUAGGCAGUGAUAUUUUGGUAGGGCCUAAUCAGCACAGCGCGACAGUGCGAGGCUUUAUUCAUCAUUCUGUAUAGAGUUCCUGUCUGCCUGCCAUAUUGUAUGUAGAGCGAGGCCAAGGUAGGUGGCAGACCACUCGAUCAUCAUGUAGAGGGAGACAGGGAGGGGGGAGGGUCUUUUGAUGGAUGGAGUGCUGACAUGCCUGCUGGUCUCCGCGUGACCCCCUACACACACCCGGCUGUCAGCGGCCGCGGCUCGAGCAGGAAGACCUCAUCGAGGCCUCACUCUGUGUGUGUAUGUCUCUCUGUGUGUGUGCGCGCGUCUGUAUAGGUAGGGCUGGUGUGGUAUUGUUUAUGCAGACCUGCAUAUGCAUGAAUGUGUGUAUGUGUGUGUGUACGUGUGCGUGGCGUGCAUCGCGGACACGACUGAUUGUCCUGUGUGGUGCGCGUGCGUAUACAUUUAUCACGUGUUUAUGACACCGUCUGUCUCUCUCACACAGAUACGCAA